AUGUUCUACAGAAGCAUCCUCCAAAUCGCUCUCCUGUUGUGCCUCUCCACCACCACUCUUUCUCUGAGCUACAACAUGCUUCGAUUCCAACUAAGUGGCAGCAGUUUGGCGUGUAAGAAGUUCCUACAGCAGUUGGGUGGCGUACCUGAAGACUGCCUCAAGGACCGUAUGAGCUUCGAGGUCCCUGAGGAAAUUCAACGACCACAGCAGUUCCAGAAAGAGAACGCUACAUUGGUCAUCCAUGAGAUGCUCCAGAACAUCUUUGGUGUUUUCAGAAGAAAUUUCUCUAGCACUGGCUGGAAUGAUACCAUUGUAGAGCACCUCCUUGCUCAACUCUUUUGGCAGAUGGACCACUUGGAAACCAUGCUGGAAGAAAAGCUAGAGGAGGAAAACGUCACCUGGGGAAACAGCAUGAGCGUCAUGCACCUGAAGAGCUAUUAUUUGAGGAUUACACAAUACCUGAAGGCCAAGGAGUACAGCAGCUGUGCCUGGACGAUAGUCCGAGUGGAAAUCCUCAGGAACUUUUUGUUCAUUAACAGACUUAUAGACUACCUCCGAGACUGA